CGCCCCACUGCCGAUCAUUCCGCACUCGACGCGAGGGCGAAGCGCACGCCCGACAUUUUCGACCGCGACCGACGCGCCGCGCGCCUGCGGCUAGCACGACCGCCAUGUUUGACGUUUUCGGCUCUGUGAAGGGGCUGCUCAAGCUCGACUCAGUGUGCAUCGACAACAAUGUGUUCCGUUUGCACUACAAAGCCACCGUGAUCAUCCUGAUCGCGUUCUCGCUGUUGGUCACGUCACGACAAUAUAUCGGCGACCCGAUCGACUGCAUCGUGGACGAGAUACCGCUCGCCGUCAUGGACACGUACUGCUGGAUCUACUCCACCUUCACCAUACCCAACCGGCUGGUGGGCCGCGUCGGCAAAGACAUGGUCCAGGCCGGCGUCGCCUCGCACAUCGACGGGCAAGACGAAGUCAAGUAUCAUAAAUAUUACCAGUGGGUGUGCUUUGUGCUAUUCUUCCAAGCGAUCCUGUUCUACGUGCCGCGCUACCUGUGGAAGACCUGGGAGGGCGGCCGCAUCAAGAUGUUAGUGCUCGACCUCAACUGUCCGGUCGUUGGCGAGGAUUGCAAAGCGGACCGUAAGAAGCUCCUCGUCGAUUACUUCUACACGAAUCUUAACACACAAAACUUUUACGCGUUCCGAUUUUUCAUAUGUGAGGUUUUGAACUUCAUAAACGUAGUCGGACAGAUAUUCUUCAUGGACUUCUUCCUCGACGGUGAGUUCUCCACGUACGGCAGUGACGUGGUCAGUUUCACUGAGAUGGAGCCCGAGGAGCGUGUCGACCCGAUGGCGCGCGUGUUUCCUAAAGUGACCAAGUGUACCUUCCACAAAUACGGUCCCUCCGGCACGGUGCAGAAGUUCGACGGACUGUGUGUGUUGCCGCUGAACAUCGUUAACGAGAAAAUCUACGUGUUCCUCUGGUUCUGGUUCAUGAUCCUGUCAAUCCUGAGUGGUAUCUCGCUGCUGUACCGUGCGGCGGUGGUGGCCGGCCCGCGCGUGCGCUACUACCUGUUGCGCGCUCGCAGCCGUCUCGCCCCGCAAGAUCAAGUGGAGGCGGUCGCACGCAAGCUGCAAAUCGGAGACUGGUUCGUACUGUACCAGCUCGGCAAGAACAUCGAUCCGCUCAUCUACAAAGAGUUGAUGGGCGAACUCGCCGAGAAGUUUGAAGGGAAGGACACUGUGUAGUGAGGAGGGGGCGAGCGAACAGCGGACAUGGUGUCCGCGCUCGGCACGGCGAGCGGGCGGGGAGCGCCAGCGCGCACAAAGGGCGCCGGGAGCGGUCGUGCCGCGUGCGGCCGCACGCCGACAUUCCAUUAGCUCGACCGCUCAUUGUAUUCCAGAACCGCUUUAACCUGACGCCACGCUGCCGCGCACUCGCG